AUGGCAUGUACCACAGGUGGUACCACUACUACUGACAUCAGCUCUACUACUUCUAUUGUUAAUGAUACAGCAGCGCUAACAUCUAAUCACCAUUCUUUGACAUUUGCUAAUAUUAUGGGACAGGGUCGCGUGAACCAACUUGGUGGUGUAUUUAUCAAUGGUCGUCCGUUACCUCAGCAUAUCCGGUUGAAAAUUGUUGAAAUGGCUACCAAUGGUGUGAAACCAUGCCAUAUCAGUCGACAGUUACGCGUUUCGCAUGGUUGUGUGUCAAAAAUUUUGUAUCGAUAUGCUGAAACUGGAUCUGUAUCACCUGGACAGAUUGGUGGCAAUCCGCGGUCACGCAAAACGAUUCUAGCAUUGGAGGAGCAUAUAGAUCGAAUUCGUCAAGGUCAACCAGCGAUCAAUGCUCAUGAAAUUCGUUUAAUGCUUAUUGAAAAAGGAAUUUGUAGUCGUUCAAAUGCACCAACCAUUUCUUCAAUACAUAAAUACAUGAGGUUAGAUAGGAGUAUGCGAAGUGAAAUUCAGAAUCAGUGCUCGUCAAACGCUUUUACAAUGAAACAGCCAAAAGUCUUCACGUUGAAACAUAGCAUAGACGGUAUUCUCGGUACCUUAUCAGGAGGAUGCAAUAGUACUGAAGAGUUACUCGUGGAAUGUCGAACAGAAACGAUCGGUAGGACUCGAAGAAAUAGGACAAGUUUUACGCAGGAGCAACUAGAAAUACUAGAAGCGGCUUUCAAAGCGAACACCUAUCCGGAUCAGGAACUGCGUGAGCGUCUUGCUGUUGCAACCAAGUUGGAUGAGGGUAAAAUACAGGUUUGGUUUAGCAAUCGUCGAGCACGAUGCCGUAAAUCUCUAGCAACAUCAGCAUCUAAUCCAUUUAUGUUUUAUUCAAAUUCUUCCGUGCCUUUUUUUCAAGAAAUGCACGUCUUAGCAUCCACAAGAUCUGAUAUUGGUGCAUCUUUUCUAUUGAAUCCACAUACUACAGCGACCGCUGCUGAAGCUAUACACUCAAUAAGUUUUCUUGAUUUACCAUCACUACUAUACCCAACGAAUGUCUAA